AUGCAAGCCACCACAUCCGGGCUCAGCUGGGCAGUGACUGUGAUGCCAUUGUGCUCACUGGGGACGGCUGCCCGGUUUGUAUUGCUAUGGAUCCGCCUUCCUGACAUCGCCAACCCCUUUUCUCUCAGUUCCACCAUCUCAUUAAGCAAAAAAAGUUGCUGUUUGGACCACAAAGGCUGUGCCAUUGAACAGAAGACAUCCCAGGGAGGUGGGGGAUGGAAGAAUAUUGAAAGGGCAUCUAAAUCUGCUGCCGCUGCGUCGUUUUGGAAAGAUGGUGAUCCUUGGUAUUCUCAUCCUGUAUAUGCAAGAUACUGGCGGCAUUAUCGCCAAGCCAUGGCUUGGAUGCAAAGCCACCACCAUGCCUACAGGAAGGCCGUGGAUUCCUAUUUCAGUGCCCUGUGGGCCCCCUCCCCUGAAGCUUUUCCCUUCGGCUAUGGAUAUCCUCAGUCUUCCUACGACCAUCGCUCGGCGCCCCAGGACUACCACCACACAUACCCGCGUUUGAAAGGGCCUGGAAAGCGCCCACGUGACAGCCAUCGAGUCCAUGCAUCCACCAGAGAACAGCAGGCUUCAUCAGAGGAGGAGGAGACAGACGAGUCAGACGGGGAGGUUGAAUGCGACCUGAGCAACAUGGAGAUCACUGAGGAGCUACGCCAGUACUUUGCAGAGACCGAGAGGCACAGAGAAGAGCGACGGCGGCAGCAGCAGCUGGAUGCCAAGCGCCUGGAGGACUAUGUGUAUGCUGACCACGACCUGUACUACAACACCCACCGGUCGGUGGAGCCUCCGUCUGAGAGGCCCGGCGAGAGGCGCCAGGCCGAGAUGAAGCGGCUGUACGGGGCCAGCGCUGCCAAGAUCCAGGCCAUGGAGGCCGCGGUGCAGCUGAACUUCAACAAACACUGUGAUCGCAAGCGGCCCAAGUACUGGCCAGUCAUUCCCUUGAAGUUCUGA